AAGGAAACUCGAGAAAGAACCUCGAGAGAGAGAGAGAGUGGGGGGGAAGAGAUAUUUGCAGUGCCUCUGUGCAACACCAGUGAAUUUCUGUUCGUUUGUUCCUCAUGUCGAUGGAGAAAUACGAGAAGCUCGAGAAGGUGGGAGAGGGGACGUAUGGCAAAGUGUACAAGGCUCAGGACAAAGUCACCGGCCAAUUGGUCGCGCUCAAGAAGACGAGGCUCGAGAUGGACGAAGAGGGCGUGCCUCCCACCGCCCUCCGCGAGAUCUCGCUCCUCCAGAUGCUCUCCCAAAGCAUCUACGUUGUCCGGUUACUCUGCGUCGAGCAUAUUGACAAGAAUGGGAAGCCUCUUUUGUACUUGGUGUUCGAGUAUCUCGACACCGACCUCAAGAAAUUCAUAGAUUCGCACCGGCGAGGACCGAACCCCAGGCCGCUUGAUCCGUCCGUCGUCCAGAGUUUUAUGUACCAAUUAUGCAAAGGAGUAGCACACUGUCAUGGCCAUGGGGUCCUUCACAGGGAUUUAAAGCCUCAGAACCUUUUGGUGGAUAAAGAAAAGGGCAUUCUGAAGAUAGCAGAUCUCGGUCUUGGCAGAGCUUUUACUGUGCCUCUCAAAAGUUACACUCACGAGAUUGUUACCCUGUGGUAUCGUGCUCCAGAGGUAUUGCUGGGAUCAACUCACUAUUCAACAGGAGUUGACAUGUGGUCUGUUGGUUGUAUAUUCGCUGAAAUGGUGAGAAGGCAUGCACUAUUUCCCGGAGACUCUGAGUUGCAGCAAUUGCUUCACAUCUUCAGGUUGCUGGGAACACCCACGGAAGAGCAAUGGCCAGGAGUUAGCACCUUGAGAGACUGGCAUGAAUAUCCUCAAUGGAAGCCUCAAAAUUUAGCUCGUUCCGUUCCCUCUUUAGACCCUCAAGGUGUUGAUCUCUUGUCGAAAAUGCUUCAGUAUGAUCCAGCCAACAGAAUUUCAGCAAAGGCAGCACUAGAUCAUCCAUAUUUCGACAGUCUUGACAAAUCCCAGUUCUGAUUCCUCUGUAAUCUCGAAGACCUUCACAGUUUGUGAAGCAGUAUUUUAAUAUCGUUGAUGGCUGGCAAUUGUUGGUCUUCCAGAAGUUUGGAAGUUAACUGCUAUUUAGGUUGAAGAUGGCAUCUAUUGUUGUUUCCCAAGUGUGUAGUGUGAAUCGUUAAUAAUAAUCAACUUUCUCGGUUUGACA